AUGGUCCAGUCCAUUGUACAGCCUCUGAAAAGGGGGUUAAUUCAAUAACCCGGUUAAGCUUGUUGGCUAUCCACUUGUGCUUAGAAUUGUGAGGUUUAUCUUUUUGCUUUUUUCCCAGCUAAUCUGUUUAUUUCUUUUUUAUAAUGUUGCUUAUAACACUUUUAAUAUAUAGAAGCAGGAAAUGUAGAGCGGGCAUCAUUUUAAGAGAACAGUUCUCUUAAGAGAACUCUGAUCUUGUUCUCUGAACUUGUUCCAAGGAAUUUACUUUUCAUUUGACCUUGGGUGGUUUAGUCAAAACAUACAAGCUUUGGUGAAAAUGUAGCCCAUACAGAGAGUGUCUGGGUGAUAAAUCAGAGAAUUAAAUGUUUUUGUUAGAUAUGCAGCCUCCCUAAUCUAAAAUUUUGCGUUGUUUGAUUGUUUUCCCAGUUUGAUACAAUCCAGAUGUCUCAGAAUUUCCUAGCCAGCAAAGUCAUGCGGAUGGGAAAUUCUGGGAAUUGCACACCCAAAUCUGGAGGUUGCCAUGUAGGGUAAAGUUGUACGUCAACCUAGUUGUUGGCUGACCUUUCCGUUGUUGGCCAACAAUAAGGCUUGCAAGUUUACAUUCAGAACUAUUCAUUAGGGGAUGCAGCAGAGUAUAAGCACACACAUACAUCACACCAAUAGGUAUCUCCCUGGAGAAGUUCCAUCUUUUCUUAGACUUACAAAGAACGUCGAGAAAAAAAGAUGCAUUUGAUUGCUUAUAGCACACCUUCACAUCUUAGACCAGUUUUCCAGUUCGGUGGCCCGCUGAUGUGUGACAGCUUCUGUUUUCAUGCAGGAAUGAUGGGAAUUGUAGUCCAUGGUGCAAGUUUUGAUUCAUUUCAGUAAGGCUGUUAAUGUUGUAUUCGUUCAGGUUAAAUGGUAACUUUUCUUUGGCUUUGACUUAGUGCAGUGUAUGAUCCAGCCAGUUGCAGCUUAGUCAAACCACAAUUAACCAUGUAGGUUAGUGUGGGAUAUGACUCCAUUCUUGACUUCCUGUCACUUCGGCAACCACCUCUUUACAGAAGAGCUUUGUUGCUUUGGCAGUUUCUGGCUUCUUUGGGAAAUGUAAAAGCGGCCAUAUCUACUGUAUUUGGGGCUGGUAAAUCAUUGCCCUGCUGGAUGUUUGGGAAUAGGGGAAGAGUGGCUUCAUGAAUUGCAGAGGCUUGUGUUUUAGAGUCUGCAGUAUGGCUCUUCAGCUUCAUCUCUUUUGAAAUAAUAAUCUUAGGGACCCAAACACUGCCGUUACAAAGAGCAUUUUACUGCCCUUUCCACAGUGGAAGUUUUAUUAGCUUUAGUAGCUAAAACAGCCCAGAGUCUUGUGCUCUUGUAAUGAUAAGUACAUUUGCUUUUGGAAGUUCUUCUGGGUGCACCAGAUUCUUGGUUGAUUUUGCUUAAGCACAAUCCUGCUUCUUCUUUUUUUCUUUUUAAAUUUGGCCUGUUUAAGGACAAGACCUUAAGUUUAUUUUGCCCCAGACACCUUGAAUCGGGGCACAGUUUGACCAACGGGAACAAUGAUAGGGAUUUGCAAAAUGCCAUUCCAGUCCGUUGUCAGAAUUGGAAGGAAGGCUUGGGUUGCCUUUGAUUCUGGCAAAACCCAGAUCGCUCCUCAUCUCUCUCUCUUUCUCUCUCUCUCUCUCUUUCUGUCCGAUGUCAAUUGUCUCUGCUUAUUUUCUCUUGUUCCUGGCAGACCGAGGCAACUUGGCUGGCGUCCAGCACAUAAUCCUGGUGCUGUCAGGGAAAGGGGGUGUUGGAAAGAGCACCAUCUCCACUGAACUGGCUUUGGCUUUCAAGCAUGCUGGGAAAAAGGUCGGGAUCCUCGAUGUGGACCUGUGUGGCCCCAGCAUCCCUCGCAUGCUCAAUGUGCAGGACCGAGAUGUUCACCAGUGUGACAGUGGAUGGGUGCCAGUCUUCGUGGACCAGGACAAAAGCAUUGCCCUCAUGUCCAUUGGCUUCCUUCUGGAGAAGCCAGAUGAUGCCGUGGUGUGGAGAGGACCAAAGAAAAACGCUUUAAUAAAGCAAUUCGUCACAGACGUUACCUGGGGAGAACUUGACUUCUUGAUUGUGGACACACCCCCUGGGACCUCCGAUGAGCACAUCUCCACAGUAGAAUCCCUCCGACCUUUUAAACCUCUUGGGGCAGUUUUGGUGACCACACCUCAGGCUGUGGCAGUGGGUGACGUAAGGCGAGAACUGACAUUCUGCAAGAAAACCGGUCUUCGGGUCCUCGGGAUUGUAGAGAACAUGAGCGGCUUCGUUUGUCCCCAUUGCUCGGAAUGCACAAAUAUUUUUUCCAAAGGAGGUGGAGAAGAACUGGCCAAACAUGCAGGUGUCCCAUUCCUGGGCUGUGUCCCUCUGGAUCCACAACUCACCCAAAGUUUGGAAGAAGGCGGAGAUUUUCUCCAGGAGUUUCCCAAGAGUUUAGCCUUUUCAGCAUUGACUGAUAUUGCUAAGCAUCUUUUGACUGAGGCCUCCACCUGUAGUUCCUGAGGCAGCAACCAAGAGUGGAGUUCCUAAUGGCCAACGUCUCCUCACUGCUCAAGCAGAAGGGAAUGAAUCUGACCAGGAGGUGGGAGAAGCAACCUUUGGAGAGCAACCUUCUGUAGCACCGGACUUCAGUGGAGCAAAUCAUGAUCAUUGGAGGGGCUGUUGGUGCAAACUUGCCCUGGCAAACGAGGGACCCACCGUGUGCUUUGGAGUGAUCUAUCCUGCAGUUCAUUUUGUCAGCCCUUCAAUUAUUUCAGUUUCACCCAUGAAGAACUCUGGUCCAAUGUGGUACUGUUUUACCCAUGAGAAAAUAGCAUUGUUUGGAUACAUGUUUCUGGGACAGACACACAGACGGACUGACCGUCAAAACUGGGUGCUUACAUUCAGGAUCUCACCCUCUGUCCCCGUGCAUUGAAGCCUUUAAAAUUGGUGCAUGUCAGUGAUUGAUCAGUGAAACUCAAAAGCUGGUAUUCUCUUUUGCUGUGCAGAAUUGAUCAUGACUCAGGAUUUUUUUAAAAAUAACUGAAUUAUCUAUUAAAUUGUUUUCAACUGCAA